AUGGCGACCGAAAUUCCCUUUGAGGCCUUCGAGCGGCUCUUAGAGGAUGAUGUAUUCUGUGAUUAUUUCAACAAAUUUUGCUCGUUGCCCCUCUUUGGCCAGCGCGUUGUCUAUGUCCGUUCUGAACAAAGUUUCUUCCUCGACCCCGAAAUGAAAGAUAAUCUGAGUAAAGAACAAAUUGCGAAGUGGUGCUGGGAAACAAGAAUGAAGUUUUUCCUAAAAUCUUACAUUUAUGCGGAGUACAAGCUCGCGAAAAUGCUCACCAAAUUCAACCUCUCUACCGAAGCUGCCAUCCACAAAAACGUUGCCAAUCAGCUUUGCCAGCUGCAAAAGCGCUCGUUCAACAGAAUGAGCCGUUUUUCGAAGUUCUGCACGUUUUUGAACGAGAAUGGAGAGGGCAUCAAAUUGGUGGCGUUCUUCAUUUCUGCUCAGCAUGUGCUCCUUCAUCAUCACGAGAAUGACCAAGACAGUCAGUUUUUCCUCGCAGAUCUUCGUGACAAGUUCUUCGACGAGACUUCAAACUGGUGUCUGCCCCGAAGUUUGAUCGAGAUCCUCGGCUAUUUCAACGACAGUCUUUCGACAAUCGACCAUUGCAAGAAGAUCUCCCAACAAGUGCUCAAUCGCCUUUGCACAUACUGGCUGCCACGAUACCUGCUCCACGUCAAGGUCGAAGAACAAAAAGACGAAAAUGACUCUGACGAUCCGUCAAUUAUCGGUUUACUCAAGAAUCUCGUCGCUUCGACCUCGAGAUUGAGCAGUGAAGAUCUUGGCAGAGCUUUUUCAAACACGAAAAUCGAUGACGAUCCAAGCAUGAAUCUGUUCUUUGAGCCAACAGAAGAGAUAAACUCAAGAAGGCCAAUACGUCGACUCAAUCAAGACUCGUUCACUUCUCGUGAAACUGCUUCCAGAUUCGCACUUGAUAAGAACUUCUCUGGCAUCGGGAUCAACGUCACUUUCGCAAAACCGACGUCAGAGCAUAAUCUCGGGUUCCGUCAAACAAGGAGCAGGUUAACCUUUGCCGAACUGGGGCAGCGAAGAGAUGGCGGUGCUUCCAUCCUUAGAAAUUCAAGAAGAGAACUUGGAAUCGGCGAAACUCGUGGGAAAAAGUUGAGUCAAAUCAAUCUUCAGCAGAAAGAGAAGCAGAAUAGCAAUAAGCCAGGAGCUCAAAGCAUGACGAACAUAUUUUCCCGCAUGGCAAAUGUCAAAAAAGCAAUCAACAAGUUCAAAAAGCCAGAACAAAAAGCACCUCCGCCAAAACUCGACAAAGGUGAGCGAUCUGAAGACGAAGAAAAGGUAGACCACCAUGAACGAAGAACUGUAAGAGGAACGGUACGACAGAGUGCCUCGAUUGCUUCUCUCCCAAAUAGGACGACGAAAAAAUCGAGAGCCACAAAGUCAAAUGAUCAGAAUCAGGCAAUCGGCCUUGUCGGAAAAAAGAUUCGCUACAAGAUGGGAAAUGAAAUAAUGGAAAUGGAUGAAAAUAAAGAUCAGGAAACGGAGGAGAAAAAAGAGGAAGAAACAAUAAAUGAAGAAAAAGAGGAGCCACCACCAAGAGCCUCCAAGAAAGCUGCUCCUGGUUUUGCCUCAAUCAUUCAAGCAAAGUCACUAGCUCUUGGUUGGAAAAAGAAAGUUGCAACCAAGAAGGCGAACACUUCAGAAACGGAUGUGGCAUCUCGCGAUGGCGCAACAAGUCCAGCGCCAAAGUUGGGCGGUGGAGCUAAGGGACUACUCGCCGCCCUAAAGGCUGCUAAGAAAAACGAAGAGGAGCAACCAAAGCAAAAAGAAGAAAAAAUCACAGGCUCAAAGAUGCUGUUCGCCAUGUCAGCAAACGCAGAUGAGGAAAACCAAAAAGUAAAGGUUAUCACGAAGCGAGAAAACCGUCUGGAAGUGCACGAUGAUGAGAUUAAUGACGAAGAUACACUCCGAAAUAGUUUCAUGGCGAGUAUAAAUCCCCAAAUUCUGAAUCGUCGCCGCAACGCCAUUGAGAAAAUACGUCCGCUCAAAACGCUCAAGAAACGACAUCUCUUGCAACAUGAACCGACAGUUAAACAAGAGCCGAAAAAAGAGCAUACCCGGAAAAAUUUAAAUGAUGUAAACGAUAUCAUGGACGAAAGAAGUCGCCGUCUCGGUCGCAAGAAGAAAGAAUUCAUCGAGAAAGCAUUAAAGGUGUCAACAUUUACCGAAAAGAUUAGAGUCAACUUUGGUGCUGGCGAUCAAGAUCCUGAAUCGAUAUACUCCAUUUACGAAGAUUCGGUGUUCCGGCACGAGAUGCGCCAUUUCAAGGCUGCCUUGCGAUCAGACGAGUUUGCCGCUGGACCGUUUAUGGCUUACUUGAGCGAGCAAGAAGAAGACGACACCGCCGUCUUCGCUCUCGACUUUUGGCAGGACAUUGAGCGAUUCAGAGAAGAAUUUGGAUGUAUGCAUCAGAGCGAAUUAGAGCUCGAGAUGGAGAAUAUCAUUAACAAGUACGUAUUCAACAAUCACGCGCGGGAGGUCAUACCUGGGAUGGCCAUAUACUCAGACUAUUUCGGAGAUAUCGACAUUCUCAACACCGUCACCUUCCCCUGGCAGCUGAGGAUAGUCCAAAGAAAGUGCAUGGACUACUUGUGCGCCAUCUGGACGGAUUAUAUCGACUUUGACGUGCGUAACUUUUGCGAGGCCCUCAAAAUACUCGAUGUUGUUGAAUACAGAAUCAAUGCGACCCUCAUCAAGGACUCAAUAAAGACCGCAUUUAGAGAAGAAGCGCCACCCAUACCGCUUGGCGCUUACAUCAAGGCAACAAAAGAAGACGAAAUUGUCAAAGCGCGAAGAGCAAGAACCAUCGUGGAGAAAAACCGAAAAACUAAAGCGAGAAAGUCAUCUGGAAACCCGCUCGUAGAGAGUGCAGCUGAGAAAAAGAUGAAGGAUCGUCUAGCGCUGAUGACCAGUAGAAAAUCUACUGUGCAACGUAUUGAUCUUUUCCAAAAAGAUAAGGAAAUCUCUGAAGAAACUAAAAUGGCACGACGAUCGAAGAGAUCAUACUAUCUUAUUGAGCAAACUUGCCGCCUGACAGCUAACCUGCCAAAGUCACACUUUCUCCGAGAAGAGUCGGACGAUGAUGGAGAUAUUCCAGACAAGGCGCCACCAAUUUAUCUUCGCAAGCCGAAAGUUGAUCCAGCUACACUAGCACUUAUGGCAGCUCAUGAUUAUCCAAAGGAAGGAUCAGUCGUCAAGAAACGCGUAAUGGUUAGACAAAAUGACUCUGGAAAAGUACCAAGCUACAUGAAAGCGACGAUCAGGAAGAACGGGGUUGUCUUCAAGCGACCUAUUCUGCGACCGAAACAUUUGGUCGACUGUGUUCGCGAUCCAGUUCACUUUGAAUUCUUCAAGCGAUUCGCUCGUGCCUACCAUUUUGAGCGAUCAGUUCGAUUUUGGAAAGCUGUAGAAGUAAUGAAGCACGUAGAAGACCCAAAAGUCAGACAAAUGAAGAUCAAAGUCAUCGUCAGUCAGUUUUUCUCAGCUUCCAGUGGUGCUCUCGGCGUUGGAAUCGACGGCCAAGUUCUGAGAGAGAUAAUGCGGACUCCUCCGGAGAAAGUCAAUGUUUCAAUGCUCAUCUCUGCCCAAGCUUGUGUGAUGAAAGCUCUUGAGGAUAUGUGGGGAGAACGCUAUCUCUCCACCUUCACAGAAGUCAAAAAAGCUGGACCACAUGGGCCAAAGGAGAUAGGACGCGAUCGUACAGACUUGUUAAAAAUGACCAGUGGGCGAAAUGGAACCAACAUUUGGAAAGUCUUCAGUGCAUUCAUCAAACGAGCAGCUAGAUUCGUGGCAACGAUGAAGAAACGAGAACUGAGAGAAGAAUUUGAACAGUAUCUUCUCACGGUUGGCCGCGACCCAACUCUCUACCACAAAGAAGGUUGGGUCGAAGUGGUAGCUACGACUAUUGACCCUUUUAUGGCGAAUGACAAGAUGUUCCACCAAAAACGCAUGCAAGGACGAAAUGUCAUAGCUGAGCUCCUUAUUAAUGAUUUCCGCUUCUGGCUCGAAGUUGAAUGCUACAGAACUCAAGCGGAACAUGUUGCGCAAAUGGGCGAUUCUGGCGUCUACAAUGCACAGGAUGAGAAAAAUCUCGCUGCCAAAGCAAGACUUAUUUCAGACCAGUUCUUGAGCUCGCCUAUUCCACCCAAGUGCAGAAUCAAUGUCGCUUCCGAAAUCGCCUCGACAGUGAUCGAAAACAUCAAGCUUGGAAUGGCGAACAGAUCACUCUUCCAUGAUAUCACAAUCGACGUGUUCCCGCUCUUACUUAACUUCUGGAAGAGUUUCUGCGAAGCGCGACACAAGUACAUUCCAAGACCGAAGCUUAAUGUUCUCAAAAGAAACAUUGUCAGCUGCAGACGUAAGAAGCAAGACUCGCAGAAGAAAAUCGACAUCAUCAAGAAGAGCAAGACGCAAAAGGUCAAAUUCGAAAUCAACGAUAAUCUCGAACUGGUAGCUAAAGAAGAAGAGCCGCAGAAGGUUGAAAAGCAAAAACAUUCACGAGUUUCUCUCAUUCACGAUACUUCCGGUGAUGGGCCAUUGAUUGAUUACACUAAAGAUGGUCACUUUUCGAAGUCCUGGAUUGAUGUGAGCAAAGUUCUGGAGGAGACAACAACGGUGAACUUCUCGCUGUCUGGCGGCGUGAAAGUAGCGAUCGGACUGCAGAGCAAGCCGCGGAAAAGCACGUUCCAUCAUGCCGAUCCAUAA